CGGAAUUCAUAAAAUUCCGUUCUCAGAAUAUUUGUUUAAAAUAGGCAAAACUUAAUCAUCACCAUAAUAACGUUUUGACGAGAAUCUGAAACUCAUGAGCAAAGCUAAUCGCUCUAAAGGUGUCAAAAUCAAAAGCGAUGUUUCCAGUGAUAAAUUACAAUUAGAUCUUGAUUCUCUGACAAAUGAGCAGGCUAAUGUAUCAAACAGACCCCGCAUAAUAUAUGACAGCUCAAUUGAAAAACUUAGAAUUACUGAAGAACGCAUACAAGAAAGGCUGAAACAAUUUGAAACUAGACAUUUAUCUCAAGAUCUUUCUGAUGGAUUAAAUUCAAUGCAAAAAUCAAAACAUGUCAUGGUUAGAAAAACUAUCCCAGAGAAAGAUAUACCUAAACCUAUGCGCAAUGUUGCAGUUUUGAGAAAAGCUUCGGAAGAUUCUCAGCUUGCAGAACAAAUUACUUCAAUAUCAUAUAACAACAAAAGACUUUCUUUCAGAAGACCAUCAAAUAUUAAUUGGCAUGCAGCUGGUCUAGGUCCACGUUUUAGUCCUGAGGGAACACUUUUAAAACAUAGUGUUCUGGGUGAUCCUGUUAUAUUUUAUCAAAUUGCUUUAACCCGUGGAGAUAUCAGUUGGAAUAUGGUCCCAAGAGAAAUUCAAUUACAGCUUCAAACUACCAUGGCGGAAAUGCGAAAUCUCAACUUACCUGUUGCUUUAUCAUGUAUUCCGGAGCAAACAAGUCCUGGAUCACAUCCCUCCAACGAUUCACAUUUAACAGUUAACCAUAGUACAAUAUCAAAUUAUCCAUCAAAUGAGCAAAGUAGCAAGAAAUUAUUUAACUCAGAGACAAACAAUUUACAUUUAAAUGGUGAUACUGCAUCGUUGGAGAAUUGGAAAUUAAAAAUUGUACAACAGAAAUUAAUGCAACAAAAACUAUCUAAUUUAAUGAAAAGAAAACCCAAUGAUUUAAUAAUGAACUCUGGAGAAAAUUUUUAUGAAAUACAACUAACUAGAGAGAAAAUAGAUCGUCUAAUUCCACUGGUCAAUGAUGGAAAAGGAAGAAGAUAUAUGAGCGAAUUUUGGAAUCAACCGGAAUAUAUUAGAAAUGCUGAAUCUAGCGAUUUGUGUACAACGAUGACAAUGAAAGAAAAAGGUAUAUAUAAACCACUUGAAUUUAUCAAAUGUCCUAAAAUAAUUGAAAUAGAAAAAGGCAUUAUCUCACCGGAAUGCAAUAACAAUGAUGCUUCAAAAGAAUGUAUAACUGGAAUCAAAUACCAAAACACAUAUUUGAUGGAUAGAACUCAAGAAUUAUCUGACUUAUUAAAUCAAAUGGUGCCACAUGAACCAAUAAUGGAUGAGUUAGCAAUAACUGGUCGAAAAGUUUUAAAAAAUCAAGUAGAUGAGUCUCCUGAUGUUCAAAACUUCAGUAAAAAACCAAAUGAAAAUAUUAUACCAGAAGUUUCACAGAUAUUAGAAUCUGGAAAGUCUAUAAAUCCACAAUUGAAUUCGAAAAUUAAUGAAUCCUAUGUCAAUGAACCAUCUUUAUAUUUGAAUGGUUAUCAUUUAAAUUGGCAAUCGAUUUCUUCAAGUCAAUCACCACGAUCGGGUAUAGAUAUUCAUUUAAAUUUUGAAAAUGAAUCUCCGAUACUGCAAACAGAUUACAUUGAAUUGUUUAAUAAUGGAAACGUUCUUAUAUCAUACGAAUGGACUCGUAUUCCUCGUAAAAAUCAUUUUGAAUUGGAUGCCAAAGAUAAUAAUGUGUUUUAUUUUGACUCUAAACCAGGAAUAAUACACCCAGGUGACAUUGUUCACUUGCCAAUCACUCUAAAAGCUCAUCAUGAAGGAAUUUAUAAAGAGGUUUGGCGUUUUGAUACAACUCCAGUCUUUCAAGGAAUGUUGCCAAUCCGCGUACACUUCCAUGCUAUUUCUGUAUGGCCAGAAUAUCAUCAAUUUUGUUCUUUUCUGGCAAAAGAUAUAUUUAUCCAAUUAGAGCAGGAAGCUAACUAUCGAAUGGUAUAUCGAAUGCUACAAAAUUUGAUAAUGAAUAUUCAACCUGAAGAACGUCCACCAAGUCCUAUCCCUGAACCGAAUACUGAAGAGGCAAUAUUUACGUUAACUAAUCCAACUUUUCACUAUAAAUACCAUGUGAUUCAAAAACUGAAACAGCUUUAUAAAGAGAUGAAAGAAAGAGAAGUUAAAUUUCUUGGAAAUGAUAAUGAAACAAUUCUAUCCAACACUGAUAAUUGGAAAUAUUCUAUAACUGAACUAAGAAAAAUGAUUUAUAAAUACUCACCUGAUAUGACCAAGGCAAAUGCUGCAGCUAAAAGGGAAGAAGAAUUUAACAAAUUUUUUCAAUCUGUUGACCAGCUAGUAUUUCCUUCAAAAAUAAGUUUUACAAAUACAUCUGUAGAACGUUAUAGAAUCGGCUACAUACUUUUGUCGCAAACUUUUGAAAAUCUCUUUGAUUUGUGUUCAAAUCUCCGGUGGCUCCAUGGACUUCCAGAGCUUACUAGUUGUCCAAUAAAGUCACAGAGAGGUGGUAAAAUUGUAAAUCAAACAAAUGAUAGAACACCUGCAUCUGCAGUAACAAGAAAUCUUACACAAACCAAACCAUUGGAUGAAGUUCUAAUAGAAAGUGAUGAUAAAUUCCCACUAACUGAUCAACAAAUCUUACCAGACGAUAUUCAAGAAUCAAAUGAAUUAACUGAAUUCAUCAAAACUAUUUCACCGAAUUCAAGAUUAUGGAAGAAUAAAGCUUGUUCAAUUGUACAUGCGACACUGUCUCAACUUUUAGAUGAUUUAUUUAUUUGUUGGGAUGAGAUUUAAUUAGACAAUUAAGUGAUAUCUACUUAAUUCCUUUGUGAAUUUUAGUUUUCAAUCCCUCUUACUUAUAUUUAAAAAAUUUUGUUCUGAUCUACUGUUUGUAAAAUUAUUAAAGUACAAUUUGUAUUCUUAAAUAA